AUGGCAUAUUCUACCCAGUUUGAAGCUUUUUCUACAACUUAUACUCCAGUUAAAGAUGUUCUUUCACCUCACCUUAUGAACAAUGAUACGGUGGUAGGCCAAUCAGAUAAUUCAAGGAACUCGGAAGCAAGCAUGGAGUACCUCCAAGGACAUGGGUUCUCACUAGAAAAAUGCAUGGAUCCUAUGAUUCUUGGUGAGGCUGAAGAAGGACCUGGCCUUGUUAAGCCAUCUGACGAAGAGUAUCAUAAUGCUGGAGAGAAGAUGCAGCAUCUGGAUGCCAAGAUGAACUCUGGGGGUGAGGGUGAACCUCCAUACGCCAUUAAAUCAUUCAAUCAUGAGCAACAUGUGAAUGCAGAGCUGAUGAAAUUUUCAGGAAUUACACCACCAGAUAGCAGAAAACAUCAGAAUGCAGAAAAAUGGCCUAUGUCCCUUACCAUUGAUGCAACUCCUGAGUCCAAAUUCCCAGAUGCUUCAGGGGCUGCUACACCAGAGUUUAUGGCUGUCCGAACUCCAGCUACUAAGGAGCAUGCAAGAGUUUUAAACAAGCGAAAAUGUAUAUUUGAUGACAUCAUCGUGUUUCCUAACAAGGUGCUUAAGCAACGCAUAGAUAACUCGAGUGACUUAGUUUGUAAACGAAGAAAAGCUCCUUGUACUGCUAUCCAUGCCUGGAAAGCUCACAAAAUUUCCAGUCUCCCUAAGAGUUUCUUAGAGCCUUUGAUUCCAUGUACUUCAUUAGAUGUUAGAUCUCGUAUCUGUGAACAAAAGUUGCAGACCCCAGCACCAGUUGAAACUGUGAAAAUCCCUACAAAUGUAGGUGUAUCAGAUUCAUCAACCAGACAAAAAUCUUCCAAUUAUGUGGAAAUUCCUGCAAAUGUAGCUGUAUUAGAAUCCCCAAUUCGACAAAGAUCCCCAGAACAAACACCAAUUGCUCCUGCAACACCUGUUACCCACUCACCUUCAUUGAGAAUACAUGAUGUUCAAGGAAUCACUCGAUCUGAUAGAGUGGGUCCUGCAAGCUCGUCUGAAACUGAAAGCAUAGAGGAGUCAUCUCCAACCAGGGAACGAGAAUUAGAUAUCAGUCUGAUGCAUGAGGAGACGAAUUCUUGUGAAGGAAAUAGCCAGGAAAAGCAAAAAUGGUCUCUGAGAACCAGGUAUGGUGGACAGGGGAACAUAGAAUUUUCUCCAUUGGCUUAA